AUGACCAGGCGUCUGCUCCUCCUGCUGCUGCAGCUGCAGCUGCUGUUGUCGAGCUGUCACAGGGACAUAAACUGUCAACAACACACUCAUUUUGUCCACGGACUUUCUCUGUUAUGAUGGAGCUAAUAUGGGGUGGGUUGCACACCCUGUGACAUGGAGACUGAAGCAGGACCCUUCCAGCUUGCAGCUCCUCUUGAUAAACACAGCCGCCUGCUGUCAUGGCCUCCAGCUACCCUCCCCCCUUUGAGGGCACAGGUGAAGUGAAGGAGGGCUUUCUUUGCCCUCUGUGCCUGAAAGACCUUCAGUCCUUCUAUCAACUUCAGGACCACUACGAAGAGGAGCACUCAGGGGAUGACCGCCAUGUUAGGGGACAGCUCAAAAAUUUGGUUCAAAAGGCAAAGAAAGCCAAAGACAAGCUCUUAAAGCGGGAUGGAGAUGACAGAGCAGAUACUGGCAGUUAUGAGUCCUUCUAUUACGGUGGAGUGGACCCAUAUAUGUGGGAGCCUCAGGAACUGGGAGCAACGAGAAGUCACCUGGACCUUUUCAAGAAACACCGGGCGGCGAGGAUCGAUCAUUAUGUCAUUGAGGUCAACAAGCUCAUCAUCAGACUGGAAAAGUUGACAUCGUUCGACAGGACGACUUCAGAUGCUGCCAAAAUCAGAGCCAUUGAGAAGUCUGUAGUUCCAUGGGUGAAUGACUCCGAUGUCCCGUUCUGUCCUGACUGUGGAAACAAAUUCAACAUUCGGAACAGACGCCACCACUGUCGUCUCUGUGGCUCCAUCAUGUGUAGAAAGUGCAUGGACUUUGUCCCGUUACCUUUGGCCCAGAAGCUGAUUAACGGGACACGAGAAGCUCUGUGUGUGUAUGGAAGUCCCAGUCACUCCCAGUCUCCCCCUGCUGGAGGGGGCAGCAGUGGCGGAGGCAUGGGCUCCAGGAGAGGCAGCAUCAGCAGCCUGAGCAGUGUGACCUCCAUGCUGGAGGAAAAAGAUGACGAGAGGAUCCGCUGCUGCCACCACUGCAUGGACAAACUGAUGAAGAGGCAGCAGAAGUUGGAAGAGAAGGACCACACGCCUGAUAUAGUGAAACUUUAUGAGAGGCUGAGGAUGUGCAUGGAGAAAGUGGAUGAAAGGGCUCCAGAAUACAUUCGAAUGGCUGAGUCUCUCAAUGCAGGAGAAACCACCUACAAUCUUGACACAGCGGGUGGACUCAGACUGGAAGUACAGAAAUACUAUGAGCUAAUCGACGCUUUAAGUAAGAGGAUUUUAACACUGGGAACUAAGGAUGAUCCACCACCCCAUCCAAAGGUGCUCCAACUGCAGAGGAUGAUCCGAUAUACAGCCACACUAUUUGUUCAGGAGAAGCUGUUAGGUCUCAUGUCAUUACCCACCAAGGACAAAUAUGAAGAGUUAAAAGAAAAGAGGAAACAAGAACAAGAGAAGAGACUCCAGCAAGAGAGACUGGCAACACAGGAGACCCUGAAGAGGAGGCAGGAGUCAGAGAGAAACCGUCCACCUGUAAGCACCAAUGGAGAGCUGCCGCAAGCCCCUCGAGCACCACGCAUGACCAAGGCUGGUGGCUGGCUGCCCUCUGCAGACUCUGGUCACGCACACAGCGAGCUGGAGGACCCUCUCCUCCAGCAGAUCAAGAACAUUCAGUCGUUCCUCCGUCAAGCCCGAGAGGCUCAGCGAACAGACGAGGUUGCUAUGUUGGAGGAGAACCUGCGUCAGCUCCAGGACGAAUAUGACCAACAGCAGACCAGCCUGGCCAUUGCUCUCUCCCAGAAGCUGGCUGAGGAGGAGAGCUUGCAGGAGGGGGAGUUCAAACGUCUGGAGGUGUGGGAAAGGCAGGAGCGCUGGGGACCCGCGACCCAGUCUUCCUUCACCAGGGAGCAGCCGUUGGAUAUCAGCCCAGUAGGAGGUUUUCAAGACGAGCAAGACACUGAAGCAGAGGAGCUGACUCCCAAAGCUGAGAGGAGCCCGUCAUCUGUGAGAGCGUUCCCUGCUCUCACAAGUCAGGAGGAUUCGCCGCCUAGGCUGAGGAGUUUGGGAGGACACAUAACCCCUCCUGGUGGUGAAGGACAGCACGGCUCUUCCUACAACCCCUUUGAUGAGGAUGACUCGACUCCUGUUGAGGAGGAUCCAUCCAAUCCUUUCUCUGAGGACAUUAAGAGGGAGCACAGAGAAGUAACCAACGGAAAGAAAGAAUAUAACCCCUUUGAUGAAGAUGUCGAGGAGGACAACCAGGCAGAGAACGUAACAGGCAACCCGUUUGAAGAGGAUGACAACACAGUAGCCGGUAAUCCUUUCAAGGAGGCCUCUGGCAAUUCUCCGGGAGUCUCCACCAAUCCCUUUGACGGGGAUGAUGACAGCGAGGCUUUGCCCGAUUUGGACAUGAUUGAAGAAGAACUGCUGCUGCAGCAGAUCGACAACAUUAGAGCCUACAUUUUCGAUGCCAAGCUUAGCAGCCGACUGGACGAGGUGGAGCUGCUGUCGGAGAACCUGAGAGAGCUACAGGUCACCCUACAGGAACAAAAGAAAAAGAAGCGCUGAUGCCUUCACUUCAAAUUUCCUCCCUGAUCACCUGCUACUUACCAAGUCCUGCAAGGCUAGCUCACUUUAAAUGACUGAUGAGCCCACUGAUUUUAGUUUGGGUGAAGUCUACUGCAGCACAGAAACAAGAGGUUCGCCCCAAAAUGGAAUGUACUAAAAAUCAGUGAUCCGGAAUGACUUCAUUGAGUUCCUAACACCUUUCUAAACCACUUAUCCUGCACAGGGUCAGAGAGCUGGAACCUGUCCCAGCAUGCACAGUUUUUAAGCACCACAAGUAAAAAUCAAUUUUUACAAAAAGUGUUGCUCUUGUGUCAGUAUCAUGAACAAUGGAAGACAGAGGAAUGCCACGUUUACGAAUUUUGGUAAUGUGUUUUUCGACUCGUCCUGUGAGUGGUGUCUGGCUGUGGUCUUUUGGAAGUCAAAAUGUGUCAUUUAGUUCUCAGCCCAAAGCUAUGAAUGAAGACGGAACAUGUUGCCAUGGCAAAGGUUGAACAAAGCAGCCAUUGAUAAAUGCACAAAAUCCCCGGUUAACAAUUGAUGCAUUGGAAUAUUGGAUGUCAUUUUUAUUCAACAUACUCUUCUAGUUUGUCAAAACAUCAUGCCUACAUUAACCACAAUGCAACACGACUCCAUACAUGUCUGGUGGAGAUUUGGCUGUGUUGUACUAGCAGUGGCUUAAGUAGCCUCGAACAAAGUUAGGUUAUGCUGCAGAAAUCUGGGAGCUCACUUUCUAACUCCACAAACAAGUAACUUUGUAGUUUUAAAUCUCAUCGCUCAAAAAAUUCGGAUUUUUCUUUGGAGUCAGCGUACAACAUACUCGCACUCUUAAUAAUGUUGAUACACGGAAUCUGUGAAGUUCACAGUAUCAUGUUGCGGCACCCAUAACUUUAGUUUAAUCUGUUAUUUAAAUUCCUGCUCUAAUUAUUGCCAAAGAACCAAACAUCUUUCAUCUGGGUCUUGACCUGUUGUAUUUCAGAUCAAAUGUCCUUUUUAAUUAUCCAGGAACAAAUUUGACUUUUGAAAGUGUUUUGCAUUUGAAGGAACCUGACAAUUAAAAUAUUGUCAAAUAUCAAUAUUUAAUCAGGCCUACCCAAAUCGCCAAAAUUGACACCGCAGCACCUGUGGCUCUUCUCAUAGAUUUGUGGGGGGAAUUAAAAGUACAUAAUGCAAAAUGAAUUUCCUUUUUGUCAGUUAUGUUGAUUAAUAUGAUCGUAAGGAAUAGUUGUUAAACAUUAUUCACACUGUUAAUAACUACGGAUAUAGUUGCUGUACAAUAUCUAACGUAAUUUCGGUUUCAGUGAAAUUAGAUGUAGUUGUUGUGUAAAACAGAAUUAAAACAUGAACACGUUGACCUGCUCUUGCUCUGCAUGGUUCCAGGAUCUAGCAGAAUAAAUUGAUCAAUAACUUUUCGUUGAUGUCAAGAUUGGCUUCCUUUUUGUAGCAUUUUAAAUUUUUAGUUUUAGAAAUUGCUUAUUUGUCACAGUGAGCCACGUAGAAGAAAAAGGCUUUCAGGUCCUACUGUGCAACCCCAGGUUGUGAUGGCACUACUGAUCUGACUGAGGUUAUGUUUGAUACUGGGUCUGUGUUUAGAGCCAGUGGACAACUUGUCCUGCUUUUGUUUUUUUUAUAUAAAUUCCAACGAAUUGAUAGAAUCUUUAACACAUUGCACUUGUACUCUGCUAUUGGCUAAGAUCGGUGUGUAGAGCAUGUUAACUAUUCAAGUGUCUCAUCUCAGAAGCUUUCCCCAGCACUUACCAUGUUCCUAAUAGCCAUAGAUGAAUGGAAGGCAACAUUCAAAGGUACAGUGAGUAAGAAUUAGUGACAUCUAAUGGUGAGAUUAUUAACAAACAGUGGACUCAUGAUGUGUUUUAGUUGUAGUUGGAAGUUGGAAUUUCUGAGUUGGAGGUUUUAAUCCAAAGUUAAAGCAAACUCACAAAAUGGCUAUCACUGGUAGAAAACAGUAAAGCUAAUUUUACUGUUAUUGCACUUCUAUCUUAUUUGUUUUACAUCAAGUCAGUAAUGUGGAGCGUUGUUAUAAGAGUUAUUGCUAAUGGCCCAAGAUAUGUUUGCAUCCAUGAUUUUUCCCCCCCCAACCUUUCAACUCCUAAUUCCUACUUUUGAUGUACAUGGAACGCACCAUCGCCACUCCCUUUCUAAUUGGGAGCUACGGUGGCCCUCCCAUACCAGAAAGAAUGUUGUCCUUAGUUUGCAUAUUAGCUUCCACCUGCAAAAAUGCAAAACACAUGCUUCAGCUGGUUUGUCUAUUUGGGCUGCUGUAGAAACCUGAAAAAAAUAAAUAUAAAAGUCUAAAGUACAUAUUAAAGACUUAUUGUAAGGCUACAAAAAAACUCAUUUUAAAGCAUUUAAACAUUACACAAACAUAGUUACUGAUACUAUUUUCAAUUUCCCGCCUACAAGUUGCACACUGGACCGUUUAAGUCAACAAAUAAGGCACAGAGAGUUCACGGAGUCAAUGUACAAAAAUGAAAUGACUAAUUUCUUAGGUCACAUCAGCAUUUUACACAUAACUACACUACAUGAUUACCAGCAAGUAUUACGACUCUGUGCUGCUACGUCUGUCCAGACACAAACCUGAUUGUGUUUUUCUGUCUCUCUCUCUGUUCAUAUUCCUCUCCAAAGACAGAAGUGUCUUUUGUUGCCUGUUAAUCUCACUGUGCACAUCUGUGAAAAAAAUAAUCAUGUGACACUAAAUGUUUUGUGACAUUGUGAAUAACUUGAGGAGCAGCUUCCUUAUGUAUGUUGGCAGAAAUUCAACUAACACAUUUGUAUUUAAAACAAUAAUUGCAAAAUAAAAUUGAAAAUAUGAACACACAGAUGUUGCUAUGUUAACUUUAGGAAAAACCGUCUUCACUCUCUCUCACAAAUAAAAGAAAUAAGUUGUCAACAGUCAA